AGAACGAUGCUUCGCUUCCUGCGGAGACCCACAGUCACAACAAGAGGAGGAAGAGGAAAAACGACAACUCAGGAUCUGGAUCGACGUCGACCGCCUUGCGUGACAACACAGGGAUCGUCCAGGCUUUGGGUUGCUCCUGUUUGACCUGCACCAUGUCUGAUUUACUGAGAUACAUCGACUACGACCACAAAGCCACCUUCCUGAAGAUGCUGAACCAGCAGAGGAUGGAAGGCGAGCACUGCGAUGUGGUUGUGGUGGUGGAGAACAUCGAGUUCAGGGCUCACCGCUGUGUCCUAGCCGCCUGCAGCAACUACUUCAAGAAGCUCUUCAAGAAGCAGAGCGAUGAAGACAACUCCAUUGUGGAGCUGGACUUUAUCCGCUCGGACAUCUUCGAGGAGGUGCUCAACUACAUGUACACAGCCAGGCUGGCGGUGAGGAAGAAGGACAUCAACAUGAUGAUGUCGUCCGGGCAGAUCCUCGGCAUCAACUUCCUGGAUAACCUGUGCACCCAAAAGAGGGAGCUGACCAACAUGAAGACCCGGGAGAACCAGGCGCCAGAUGACCACGGGAUGAGGGCGCAGGACGCCAUCCUGAAGGAGCUAGCCAUGGAGGAGGUAAGGAAGAACAGCUUCUACGACCAGGGGAUGGACGCCAUAGGGCCCGGCGGCUCCCACGUGUCCCAGCCGCACAACUACAACACAGGCAUGGGCAAGGACCCUCACACCCACAGCUGGGGCUCCUCCACGUCUGCCACGGACAUGAAGCUGGAGUACCUCCUCUACGGCCACCGCGACCACAACUCCUGCCAGAGCGCCGGAGCCAAGCCCCUCGACCACAACGCCAAGAAGGAGCGGCUGCUCACCGCCAACCGCCCGUACGGCUGCGAGCACUGCCCCAAAGCGUUCACCACCGCCGCCCACCUCAAGGAGCACCUGAAGAUCCAUUCAGGCUUCAAGCCGCAUCGCUGCGUGGUUUGUGGCAAGGCCUUCAUCCGGGGCCCCGACCUGAAGAGGCACGAGAGGGUCCACAGCAAUGAGCGGCCCUUUGCCUGCCAGAUGUGCGAAAAGGCCUUCAAGCACAAGUCCCACCUGAAGGACCACGAGCGGCAGCACCGGGGCGAGCGGCCCUUCAACUGCGGUUCCUGCGACAAGGCGUUCAUCAAGGCGUCGGACCUGAAGCGCCACUGGAACACCAUGCACAGCGCCAACCCCCGCAGACAGAUGUCGCUGUCGCCCGCCGCCUCCCAGCACGGCCAGGGGGACGCCGCCGACCAGAGAGACUGGAAACUGGAGACCGGGCCACACUCGCACAACUCUGGGGACUGCUGAGCAACACACACAAACACACACUCACCAACAUGCAGGUGCAUCUCAGGAAAUUAAAAUAUCAUCCAUAAGUUCAUAUAUUUCAGUCAUUUAAUCCAAAAAGUGAAUCUCAUUUAAUGAUUAGAUUCAUUACAGAGUGAUACUUUCAGAGGUUUAUUUCUGUUAAUUUUAAGAAUUAUGACUUAAACAAAAUUCACUUUCUCAGAAAAUUACACAAAACCAAGAUUUUAUAGGAUUUUUCAAAACAGAAAUGUUAUGCUAUAACAUACACAAUCAUGGGGAAAACUGCUGCUUGCGUACUUAUCCAGCACAUAGCCACCUCCAUAAAGAAGGUAAACCACAGAAGGUCAUUGCUAAAGAAGCUGGCUGUGUCCAAGGGUGUUAUAUCCAAUCAUAGUAGUGGAAAGUUAAGUGGACCGAAAAACUUUAGUAAAAAAAAAAAAAAAUAGGAAUACCCCGUAGUUUUUCUGUGGUUAGGUCAGUUUGCUGGCCAAUAAAUCACAGUAACAACAUGGUCAUUUAACCAGCUUUUGGUACUUUUAGCAGUGUGGGCAGGUGCCAACUCCUGCUGGAUGAAAUCAGCAUCUCUACAAGACUUGUCAACAGAAGGAAACAUGUAGUGCUCUUAAAUUUCCCGGCAGACAGGUGUGCUGAUUUUGCAUUUGGUCAAACACAGUGAACCAACACCAACAGAUGACAUUGCACCUCAAAUCAUCACUGACUGUGGAAAUGGCACAUUGGACUUCAAUUAACUUGGAUUCUAAACCUCCGUGCUCUAUGACCUUGAUUUCUAGGUGAAAUGCAAUCUUUCAUCUGAAGAAGAGGACCGUGGACCUGGUCAGGAGUGUCUUAACACACAAAAUGCCCGUGUCUCGGAAACGUCGGAGUGUGUGUUGUGUACUUUUUCCUUCCACUAAACUUUCUAGUCAUUCUUCUCCAAUGACGUUUUUUAGCUUACCCUUCUUGUGGAGGGUGUCUGCAGUCUUCUCUGUGCUUGUGCAGGUCAUAACAUUUCUGUAUUAAAGUAAUAUUUAAAUUUUAUGAGACACUGAAUUUUAGGUUUUUAUUAGCUGUAAUCCUCAAAAUGAACAGAAAUAAAUGCUCAAACGUAUUUUGGAUCCAUAGAAUAUUACUUGCCCUAUUUCGUUUAUGGAAUGGCUGAAAUAAAAUAACUUUUUGAUUAUAUUCUAAUUAAUUGAGAUGCCCCUGGCCUGACCUGCUAACAUGCACACUUUAAUCCCACCUACACACGCUGACACAAGCACGAGGUCAAGUGAUGGGAGUGCAGAACAGGAGAGCAGAGCAUGUUCCUAAAGACUGUGAGGCUGUAUUAUUAUUAUGGUUAUUAUUAUAAUUCUAAAGAGUUAUGUCCUUCCCACCUGUAAAGUCAUGUAAAUGUUUAGUUCACUAUACUAUACAUAUAUUUUUCACAAAGCAUUGUCGCUAUCUAGACCUGAGGGGUUCUCAUAACUUUAUUUUUCUUUGAUUUUUAAUGAGAUAAACAUUUAAAUGUUCGUUUAACCUUUUAUGGAUUUAAUGGAGAUAAAACAAGAGAGUCCAAGAAAGAAGGGGGGUGAGAAAAGAUAUUUUUUUCUGCAUAACAUUCGUUGCAUUGAGUAUAUUCAUGUGGAUGUUUUUAAAUGGAUGUGUUUAGUUGUAUUGAUUGAUAUUACACUGUAAAGGUAAGACGCAGAUGAAACCAAAGUCUUGGGCUCCUGACGGAUCGUCCUCAGAGACUGUCCGGUCCAAGCAGAACCGGCCAACUAGAUUUACUGUUAUACAGUAUGACUGUCAUCCGGGGCUAUCGGCAGAUAAUGAUAGGUGUCUGUAUAUACUGUAGCUUAGUUUGUUGCACAACUAGAGUUCACAAUAUGGAAAUCAUGCACAUAUAACAUUGUUCUACUCCUACACUUUGACAAUAAACACCAUUUGCUGUGUUUUAA